AUGCUGAAGAUACGGCGAGGCCAGCUUCGAAGUUUGGCUCCUUUGAGGGCUUUUCAUCAGUCUCUCCAGGAUCGGGGCGUCGAUCUUUCGCGAGUUUCAAUUACCAAGUCGUAUGCGAUACUGGCUGGCAUCGAAAGCUAUACGCUGACCAAGCGGAAGAUACACGAUGCACACGAAAGGUUGAAUGAGGCCAAGCAAAAGCUUUAUAAGAUAAAGAACCACAAGAGUAAAUAA